AUGCCCUCCAAAUCCAAAAAGCCAAUCACCAAAACACCCCAACAAGUCCCAAAACCCCAAACUCCAAACUGGCCUCCUCUCCGUCCGCUCCUCCCCACCACAGACCUCACCCUGACCCCCCUCCUCACCUCCCAAAUCUACCUGAUCCGCAACUUCCUCCCAUCCGCCCUCUGCAAAACCUACGCCUCCUUCCUCGCCUCCCUCCCCCUAACAACAACACCGGGAAAGCCCAAGAAAGACGAAGCCCUGCGCGUCAACGACCGCUUCCAGAUCGACGAUGCGCGCUUCGCCGAGAUGCUAUGGAACACGACGGCACUGAAACACCUCGUCACGACCCUCGGCGAACACGAGUACAAACCAGACGCAGAGGACGACGAGGACAGCGGUAUCCCACCUGCUGUCACGGAACAAGCACGUCAACUCUGGGGCGGACAGCCAUUGGGAUUGAACCCCAAUAUUCGGAUUUAUCGUUACUCAGCCGGGCAGUUUUUUGGACAGCAUUCACGAUUCCGGAAAUGGCUUCAAUGCCAAUCAGCAGCGGAACUAACAAUUGCAAAAGAUGACGAUGCAAACAAUGUGACUCUACCGCCGCCGAACUCACGCUCGAAAGCGACGCCGGCGCGCACAACUUGGACUCUAUUGGUUUAUCUGAGCUCCUGUACGGGCGGCGAAACGAUCUUCUACCCUGAACCCACGCGCGAAAACCGGAACCCGGAGCCGAUAGCUGUUGCGCCGGAAGUGGGGAUGGCUUUGUUGCAUCGGCAUGGGGAUCAUUGUAUGCUGCAUGAGGGGGCUGAGGUCACUGGUGGGGAGAAAUGGGUUUUGAGGAGUGAUUUGGUCGUCCCGAGGUGA